AUGUGGCUGUGCCUGGUGGUCCUCGUGGGCCUGUACUACCUCCUGUGCUGGUACCGGGAGAGGCAGGUGGUGAGCCACCUCCAGGACAAGUUCGUCUUCAUCACGGGCUGUGCCUUGGGCUUUGGGAACCUGCUGGCCAGGCAGCUGCAGAACCUGAGGGUUCUGGCUGCGUGUCUGACGGAGCAGGGGGCCGAGCAGCUGAGGAAUCAGACGUCAGACAGGCUGGAAACGGUGAUCCUGGACGUCACCAAGGCAGAGAGUAUCACUGCGGCCACCGAGUGGGUAAAGGAACAUGUGAUGGACAGAGGACUCUGGGGCCUGGUGAAUAACACCAGCAUCUCCAUGUCCACUGCACCCAGUGUGUGGCUGACCAACCAGGACUCCAUGAAGAUACUGGACGUGUACCUGUUGCGGGUGAUCAAGGUGACCCUGAGUCUGCUGUCCCUAGUGCGGAAGGUGAGGGGCCGUGUGGUCAACGUCUCCAGCGUCAUGGGCCGCGUGUCCCUCUGGGGUGAAGAUUACUGCAUGUAAUAUGGCAUGGAGGCCUUCUCAGACUCCCUCAGGAAGGAGCUCUCCUACUUUUGGGUGAAGGUGGCGAUGAUCGAGCCUGGUUACUUCAAGACCUUUGUGACCAGCCCUGAGGCAAUUUCUUGGGGCCUCCAGGCAGCAUGGGAUCAGGCCAGCCCAGAGGUCAAGGAACUCUAUGCGGAGACAUUCCUGGCCUCAGGCAUGAAAUCAGUUGGCUUGUGGGAGACAAAGUGCAGCCAGGAUCUGUCCUUGGUGACCGACUGCAUGGAGCAUGCCCUGACCGCCUGCCACCCCCACACCCGAUACUCCCCUGGCUGGGACGCCAAGCUCUUCUACCUCCCCGUGAGCUACAUGCCCACCUUCCUGGUGGAUCUCAUGAUGUAUUGGGGUGCCUCAUGGCCUGCUAAGGCCCUGUAA